AUGGCUUCACUUCAACAUUCCACACAAUUGGUCAAAAGACCACAAGCUGCAGUUGCUGCCAGUGUGCAGUCCUCUUCUCCCCUCUCUCAUAACUCAUCUCCACUUUUCUUUCUUGAGAGGACCCCCACCCCCUCUUUUACAGAUGAGAUUGGGCCUUCAAGCAUUGUUGUUUCUCCUCCCCCCCCUUCACCAGUUGUCACCACCCCCCCUGCACCAGCUCAAGCUAUUGUUGUUGUUGUUCCCUCUGCACCAGCAGGGUUUGUGGGUGCCAUGGUCCCACAGAGUGCUUGGGACCAUCCAGCACCCCCCCCACAGGACCAACAAUGA